GAGGAGCUUGGUUACCACCGGGAUGAAGGGGCGGAUGUGAGAACCAGUGGUCAUCAUGGUGAGCGAGGUCGACAUCAAUGUGAGCCUUUUUCGCCUUCUUGUGACGAUUCCAGCUGAACCAAAGUCCACCGAGGAUGCCGAGAAGGAGCGCGACCACUGAGGGCACGGUCACCAGGGAAGUGACGAACGAUGCAAUGGAAGACUCGGAGCAGGUAUCCAUUCUGAGUGAAGAUGAGGAGGUGAUUCCUAGAUCAGUUGGAAUUGACGUUGAUGGUCACGAUUUUGUGAAUUUUUAAUUUGGCUAGUAAAAUUCCGAGAAAGUUUUAUUUAGACCAAGAUUCCGAGACUGUGUUUCCGUGGAGUGAAUUUUAUAACUAAAUAUAUGCAUCCUUUGAGACGCGAUAUCUCCGACCCCAGAAAGAUUGCAGCUUAGAUAAGGUCGCAAAACCCCAAGAACGCAUCAAAACAUGUACAUACAUAUCGAGAGCGUAGAACGUCAUACCUCAUUUCGCACUUUCUUCAUCCAUUUGCAUAUGCAAUGCGGGGCAUAUGGCCGGAAGGAGGCAAUGUGAGAUUUAUGCAAAUGAGGUGACUGAAAAACGAUCUUCUUUCACAAAGCUCCAUGUAUAAAGUGUAGGAGGAUGUGGAAAGUUCUUUCAAGGUCAAGAGGUCAAACAACUGAUUCAACAACUUGAUAAGGGGGGGCCAAAGAUAAAAUGCUUAUAUUAACCUAACUUUAGAGCCCCUAAAUAUUUUUGAAAUCCGCUUGCGGUAACAAAAGAUAUACAAAAUAUACAUCAAGCGCCACCCCCAAUUCCCGCUGAGGGGGUGUGGAAUUGGGGCAAAACGAGAAAGCGCUUCAGACAUGCCAAGCAUGGAACAAGAUAUAGAUGCCAAGUUUAACAGAGUUUGAACGCGAAUAUGAUAACAAUUUUGACUUGUGACACCUCAGUGACCCUCAUUGAACGAUGUCACACUUCUUUCACCCCUUGGUUACAUGCGUUGUAACGAAAUUAUGCCAUUUCUUCUCCAUGGAUUUUGCGUGAUAACAAAUUGACUCAAUUCAGUUCGACUAAUAUUUCCCAGGUAUAGCUCACUAAUUGAACAACACAACUUUUUUUGUCAACAUGAUUGAAGGAUGUUUUGACGUCUUUGAUUCUCCACCGUCAACAACAACAACAAAAAUAUCGCCCACUACCUCCUCCUCAGACUGCAAUGUCACUGCCACCCCCAGCCAAACGACCAUCAGCAUGCUCCCAGACGAAAUUUUGGCCCUCAUUUUCCACAAAGUUGCCGUGCCAAGUCGUAACUCGAUUCGUCAGACGUGUCAAUUAUGGCAGAACGUGAUGGACUGCUUGGUCGGGAGUAUGAUCCGGAUAGGAACUUUCUCCCAGUUUGAUCCGCUCUACUGCAGUGCUGGGAUUGAAGAUCCUCCCGGCGACAGCAUCACCAUCCCGAAAUAUCACUCGCCCUCAAUCCUCGCCAAAAUCGGGGUGAGCCAGUUGCUCGUCGGAAACAUUUCGGAUGAUUGGCAUGCUGACCAUGCUCACUGGACUGACUGGUUGUACCACAAACUCUCCUCCUGGUGGUGGAAUUCUCCUCCAUCGCCGUCACCUCUUCCACAUUUCAAAUCUCCAAACCUGGUGGCUGAGCUGCACCUGUUUGGCAGGCUUUCACCCCCGCAUUUCGCCCACUUUUUGCACGAAUUGUCGCCCUCCCUUCGCGUCUUAUCGUUUGCCUUCGUCACCCUGCAGUACGUCCGCCCCUCGCAGCUUCAAAACCUUGCCCUCCCCCAUCUCAAAGUCCUCCUGGUGCGAAGUGGACUCGAACACAGGGACGAACAAGUCACACUUUUCCCUGGCCCCACUAGUGCCGAUGAACUAAUUGAAACAUGGGAUCUCCGCUGCAUCCUCGACAACCUGUUGGUCCUGAGUCACAACCACUUUCCAAACUUGACUUGUGCCCGGUUCGACUUGAUUUAUGGGGCGGCGGAAGGCUUCGCCAUUACGAAGGCUCAACUCUCCUUCCUCCAAAGCCAUGCAGAUACCAUUGAAACUUUCACCCUAGAAUAUUCCAUCCUCCUAAACGGUGAAGAUGACGAGUUGGGCUUACUGCACGCGCCGGAAGAUGACCCCGAGCUAACGGAAAUGGUGGUAAAUAGCUUGCAGGGUCGACUCGUUGGUUUGAGAAGGUUACGCAUCCUCCCACUCACGUUUCCCUCGCUCCCAUUUACCAACGUGUGGAAGAGACUGGUCCAGGAGCAAGUCUCCUUGGCAGAUUUCGCAGUAAUGGGCGUCUGCUAUGACCUCGACUUCCUCCGGGAACUCGUGGACACCAACUACACGACUUUAACGACCUUGUGCAUCUGGGAAAUCAGAUUGUUUGAUGACCAAUCCAACACGGUGGUACAAUUAGAUUGCAGAGUUUUUAAUAAGUGUACCAAUCUGAAAAAGUUGGCCCUCCGGGGAUGGACGGUGACUCUGCAAGUGGUCGGGAUCGUGAAUCUCGACCAACUUCCGGUCUCUCUGGAGCAUGUUGACCUACGUGACAUGGCCAUUCGGACGAGCGAUGUGAGGAUAUUGAGUUUGGAGAUGGGAGGCUUGGAAAUAUUGGAGCUGCACUUUGUGGGCAACAAGAGGGAAAUGGGGAUGGAUGUGGGGACGUUGAGGAGCAUUAUUGAGGAGAGGAGGUUGAGAGAGGUGAGGAUAUUCAAGUCACUGAAUGGCAGAAUCAACCCGGACGGGAUAUUCAAUGGGGAUGGUGUUUAUCCAGAACAAAUAGUGGAAAUGCCGGGGGGAUUCAUAGCUUUUGAGAUGGGUCCCAACGGAUACUAUGUAAACUCGUCGACUGCCCUGCUACUCUAAUAAACUCGAGUGAUUCGAUGCGAUACAUCAAUUACGAAAGCAAUUAGUUUCCUUUUAAGUGAACAUGUAUCGUUGUUAUUAAAUAGUAUACGGUAAUAAAUACAAUUACAAUUGAAAAAUACGAUUGGCAAAAAUCUGUAGCUCGAG